CAGGGGGGUUUCUUUUGAUCGAUUAACUCUCCAAAUGUUUGCUGAACCCUUAUUCUGAGCAGGUCCCAGACUGAGUACCCAUGCAAUGAAAGUUGGGGUCUUCUCUAGACCCCACAUUGCCAGGAUAGGAGAGACAUAUGAGGGAGUGGAGGGUGGGAGCUGCAUGUCCAAUUAAGAGGACAGAUGUGAGGUACAAGGAAGGGCAGGGUAAUCUCCAGAAGAAGCCUUCCUGUCUCCAUCACCCCUGGCCUAGCUGUACCCUCCUACCCCAUACUCUAAAUCCCCGCCACCCCACUGCCUUGGUGGUUUUCUGUUCCUCCAUCUGAAAUGCAAGCUUCUCCACAAUCAUCCCAGUGAAUCAUAGUAUCUAUACUUUUCUAAUAGCCCAAACUCUGCAAAAAUAGUUUCUUCCAUUCAAAGAAUUCCGCACAGUUUCUCUUCACAAACUUAGAACUGUCCUGGCUUCCCCAGACCAAGGCAGAGCAGGUACUAUUUUUGACAAAAUUCUGAGGUUCCACCAGCUGAAAUGGCUUUCUCGAACUUAGUUCCAGAACUGUGGAACCCAGGACAAGGGAACCUGAUCCUCCCAGGGGCAGAACAUGGGUCAGAGCAGAAAAGGCUUUGGAGCUUGCCAGUAGUGAUGGAACUCUGGGAAACUUAAUUUAGCUCUUGGAGCCUCAGUUUUCUUAUGUGUCAAGUAGGUCAGUAAUACCCAUCUUAGAGAGGCGGUUUGGGAGUUGAAUGGCAGAGCAGGACCCAGUACAGUGCCUGGCACAUGCAGUGCUGACCAAGAGGUGGCUUUUACCAUUAGAGUCCCAGCACUGACAGGCCACAUGUUGGACUUGUUACUAGAAAUGCUGUGCUAUUAACCUCCAUUUUAUGAGCUGAGAAGGUGAAGACCAGAGAGAAGCAACUUGUCUGAGGUUACCCAGCUAGUUAGUGGUAGAGCUGGGACUAAAAUGCGGGCCUCCUAACUCCCAGUGUAACCAGCAGGGCAUGAGCCUUUGCUGUGGGGGAGGGGGAAAGGAGCGGGGGAGGGAGGACCCACCAGCCUCCCCCUCCUUACUUCUUAGACUCUGAUAUGGACCACCCCUCUGCCUUCCAGUGACAAGGCUGUGUCUUCUCUUCCUGUCUUCCCUGUAACACUGGGUUCCAAACCCGGUGUUUUUCGCCUUCACAGGACCGUGGAAUGUCCGAUCCACCCCCAACCCUUCAAAGGUGCUCAUGGAAACAACUAUAAAUGGGAGGGGUAAUUCCCCAGAAUGAGAGAGGGAAAAUGGUUGGCACCAUGUCUCUCCAAAAAGGGAGAUUUCUAGGGUUUGGAACCUGAGUCUACACAGCCUUACAGAAGACAAGUUCGGCUGCCAGUCUCAGCUCAAUUUGGGACCUCUCCCUGGAUGGAUCAUCUCAAAGAAGCAAAAAGGAAAUUUCCCUUGAGCGUGAAGUUGCUGGCUCUUUCAACAUCGCCUUCCCAGAUCCUCAAUGGAAAUGCAUACCUUUGCCCACUACCAAUUCUGCCAGGCCGGAACCCACUUUACUCCAAACCUUAUGGCUGCAGUGGUCUUGUGAGAUGGUGCUCAGUGAGCUCUGAGUGGAGCCUUGUCCGAGGCACGCCUGCCUGAGCUAGGAAUUGAGAGUUCCCAGAACAAAGGUGCACGUUUGAACAGGGCCACAGGGCACUGGGCCUCCAGGGAGCCAGCCAGGCCCUUGACUGCUGUCUCAGGAUUCCGCCUCCUCCUGGGGUCUUUGCAGGGCUUUGCCUUGUUUGUGUGCAGCCCUGCACCUUUCCUGGCCAACCCUGGCCAUAGACACGUGACCUAUGACCCGAAUCCCAGAAGCUGUGCCCACCUCCAGGCCCCUUACUCUGCUCAGCUGGAACCUGCGGGUCCCGCUAGAGCGACAUGAUGGUGGAAUCUGCCUCGGAGACAAUCAGGUCGGCUCCAUCUGGUCAGAACGGAGUGGGCAGCCUCUCGGGACAGGCUGAUGGCGGCGGUGGGGCUGGAGCUACCGGCACAGCUGGAGGCAGUGCUGGCAGAGACGCGGCUGCAGGCGCAGACAGCAACGGCGAGAUGAGCCCUGCGGAGCUGCUGCACUUCCAGCAGCAACAGGCUCUCCAGGUGGCCCGGCAGUUCCUGCUGCAGCAGGCCUCAGGCCUGAGCUCCCCUGGGAACAAUGAGAGCAAGCAGUCGGCCUCUGCCGUGCAGGUGCCAGUGUCGGUGGCCAUGAUGUCCCCGCAGAUGCUUACUCCCCAGCAAAUGCAGCAGAUCCUGUCGCCCCCCCAGCUGCAGGCCUUGCUUCAGCAGCAACAGGCACUCAUGCUCCAGCAGCUGCAGGAAUAUUACAAGAAGCAGCAAGAGCAGCUCCACUUACAACUCCUCACCCAACAGCAGGCUGGGAAGCAGCCACCCAAAGAGGCACUGGGGAACAAGCAGCUGGCCUUCCAGCAGCAGCUCCUGCAAAUGCAACAGUUGCAGCAGCAGCACCUGCUCAACCUGCAGAGACAAGGGCUGGUCAGCCUGCAGCCCAACCAAGCCUCUGGGCCUCUCCAGACCCUCCCGCAAGCAGCCGUGUGCCCGACUGACCUGCCCCAGCUGUGGAAGGGCGAGGGUGCCCCCGGGCAGCCCGCCGAGGACAGCGUCAAGCAGGAGGGGCUGGACCUCACUGGCACGGCCACCACCGCUACCUCGUUUGCCGCCCCCCCCAAAGUCUCACCUCCCCUCUCCCACCACACCCUGCCCAACGGACAGCCCACUGUGCUCACACCUCGGAGAGACAGUUCUUCCCAUGAGGAGGCGCCUGGCUCCCACCCCCUUUACGGACACGGAGAGUGCAAGUGGCCAGGCUGUGAGACCCUGUGUGAAGACUUGGGCCAGUUCAUCAAACACCUCAACACAGAGCACGCCCUGGACGACCGGAGCACAGCCCAGUGCCGGGUGCAGAUGCAGGUGGUGCAACAGCUGGAGAUCCAGCUUGCGAAGGAGAGUGAGAGGCUGCAGGCCAUGAUGGCCCAUCUGCACAUGCGGCCCUCUGAGCCCAAGCCCUUCAGCCAGCCGGUGACCAUCUCUGCAGCAGACUCAUUCCCGGAUGGCCUGGUGCACCCCCCCACCUCAGCUGCUGCCCCUGUCACCCCCCUCCGGCCCCCUGGCCUUGGCUCUGCCUCCCUGCACAGUGGGGGCCCUGCCCGCAGGAGGAGCAGUGACAAAUUCUGCUCCCCCAUCUCCUCAGAGCUGGCCCAGAAUCAUGAGUUCUACAAGAACGCUGAUGUCAGGCCCCCCUUCACCUACGCCUCCCUCAUCCGCCAGGCCAUUCUGGAAACCCCUGACAGGCAGCUGACCCUGAAUGAGAUCUAUAACUGGUUCACCAGGAUGUUUGCUUAUUUCCGGAGAAACACUGCCACCUGGAAGAACGCCGUGCGGCACAACCUCAGCCUGCACAAAUGCUUUGUGCGCGUGGAAAAUGUCAAGGGCGCCGUGUGGACAGUGGACGAACGGGAGUAUCAGAAGCGGAGACCGCCAAAGAUGACGGGGAGCCCCACCCUGGUGAAGAACAUGAUCUCGGGACUCAGUUACGGAGCACUUAAUGCCAGCUACCAGGCCGCCCUGGCCGAGAGCAGCUUCCCCCUCCUCAACAGCCCUGGCAUGCUGAACCCCGGCUCCGCCAGCAGCCUCCUGCCCCUCAGCCAUGACGACGUGGGUGCCCCCGUGGAGCCACUGCCCAGCAAUGGCAGCAGCAGCCCCCCUCGCCUCUCCCCACCCCAGUACAGCCACCAGGUACAGGUGAAAGAGGAGCCGGCUGAGGCGGAGGAAGACAGGCGGCCAGGCCCCUCCCUGGGCCCCCCCAACCCUAGCACCACGGGGCCUCCAGAAGACAGGGAGCUGGAGGAGGAGCUGCCUGGAGAGGAACUGUCCUAAGGGCCUCCGGGGGCUGGCAGGGCUGGGGUGAGACCCCGCCUUCAGGAACCCAGGCCCCACCUACCCCCACUCCACAGUCCUGUCCAAACCUCAAGGCACUUCUAGGACUCUGAUAGGGGGCUGGGCCAGCGACUCCUAACGUGACCUGACUGACAGGCCUGGGGAGGGGGCUUGGGGAGGGUCCCACCCCCAAGGGGACACUGAAUGCCUGGUCUGGGACCAUAUGAGGACUUGGAGGGGCCCAGACCCCUCCUGAGAACCUCCCCUACAUCUGAAUUCCGCCUUCCCCCAACCACCAGCAGCAGCAGCAGGGCCCUCCUCCCCUACCAGCUCUCCCCGGCAGGGCCCCUCAGCACCAUGGAGACCCGCAGGCGGGGCUAAGCCACCCCUCUCAAACCCAGGGCCCCUCGCACCUGGCCCUGGCUGUGUUUUCUGGCCAGAGGCCCCCACUUCCCUAAUUUGUGCUCCCUUCUACCUUCUUUUCCGUACUGUGAAGAAAUAACUCCAUCCCCAACUCCUGCCCCUGCCUUGGCCUCGGUGGGGGAACUGAGGUUUCAGACCAUCCCCUGAAGAAAACAGGUCUGAGGGCUGCACCCACCCAAACUCAUAGCUGGGGUGGGACGAAUGGCAUGUCCUGGGGGGCCAUGGGAGUAGGACCAGGCCUCAGCCCCUCCCCACCUGAGCCAGGGCUGUACCCACCCAAACUCAUCGCUGGGGUAGGACAAAUGGCAUGCCCUGGGGGCCCAUGGGAGUAAGACCAGGCCUCAGCCCCUCCCCACCUGAGCCAGGACCUUGGCUACACUAGGCCUCCCUCCAUCCCCAUUUGCUGGGGGCUCCUCCUGCGGCCCCCACACCAAGGAGCACAGGAAGAGUCUGGCACACCCUCCUCCACAGAGAGGCCCGUGCCAGGUAGACUUUAGAGGUGGAGCCGCUGAAGGGGCCCAGCUACCCUGGAGGCUGGAAUUGGGGCCAGAAGUGGUUCCAGGAGGAAGCAGCUGCCUCGGUUGCCCAGAAAGGCCAGGCUGACUCUGGGCUUGAGGGUCAGGGGGGAUUAAUAUGGUGGCUACUGUCACCCUACAGGCCACCCCUGCCCCCAACCUACAGGUCCCCCAUCUCCCUCCCUCAGCACCCCUUCCCUGUCACCCCAGUUAAACGGAUGACCAAAGACCUUUCUUAUGCCGGAAGCAAAAACCAAAACUUUUUGUUGGCUUUUUCCUUUGUCGCCUCCCUCACCCCCUGCUCUUCCUGUCCCCCACCCCGUCCCCAGGCUGGAAGCCCUCCCUCCACUUAAGUUAUUGUUUUAAACCAAAGUUUACAGUGUCUGUUGGUGGCCAAGACCCUCUCUCCACCCCUCCUCCACCCCACCCUGAGGACCCUGGGACUCAGUAGAGACUGGGGGCCCUGCUCCUCUCCCCUUCAGCUCUUGCCUAGCCAGGGGGAAGGAAGGAGGGCAGAGGGAAGGAGGGGACAGCUGUCAGCACCCCACGGCAGUGGGCACAUGAGCCCUAGAGCCCACCCUGGGCUGCUUCCUGGGGGCUCUCCAGACCCCUCUCUAGGACCAAGUCCCCCCAUCAUGCUGGGAGUUGGAUUCCGGCGAAGAAGCUGGAAGAAAAUGAGACUCCACAGACCCCCUAUGGGGGACCCCAAUUUGAGGGCAAGGAUUGGGUGUGUUGGUUACUCGGGACACCCAGACCAGGUCCCUUUGCUGAGAAGACUCCUUGGACUCUUUCCCAAGAAACCCCCACAUACACCUCUUCACAAGCCACCCCUCCCAGAGGCAGGGGGCCCCUGCCCCCUCCCCAUGUACUCCCCACCUGUGUUCCGUCUGACCAGCACAGAAAUAUUAAACGUCCUCUAUUCACUGGGCCCUGCGUGU